AUGGAGCAUAAUAGAACAUUGGAAACGAUAGAGCCGCUGCCUGGGGAUCGCCAGGGCGUGUCUGGAGCCGGCGCUGGACACGACAGCAUGCGGGACGUCGGCGGCAGGGUGUUGAAGAGGCGGGCCCCUGUCGUACAAUCAGCUACAGCCCAAUUAAACCAGCGUGAAGUGGACGCUUUAGUUGGUAACUACCAAGACGAUACCACUCUACCUGAUGGCUCGCCCGCUAUUAGUAGGGCUGCCCGCAGGAGAGAAAAUGGAAAACGUAUGAAAUGGACGCGAGAAUUAAAUAUUGAUAUUAUGCGAUCUUUCUACUACGUUAACCAAUGUCAAGAUCAACCACUUCCUGGAUGGAGAAGCUCCCUCCAUGCAGAUUUUACCAGAAGACACCCAGAUUUGCAAGUGUCGGAACAGAACGUCGUCGAUAGGAAACGCGUUAUAUUGAAACAAGAAUAUGGAGAUAAUGAAAGAAACAUAUUUCACCGAGACGAAGGUAUUCCUGAGGAGCAGGUGGACAGAACACAACAAGAGGCAGAGAACCAGGUACCUCAAGAUAAUGAAAAUGAAGUUGCUAAAGAAAAGUUGGCUGAAACUUUUGAAAGUUUACUGGCAAUGUACAUUAAUACCUGCCCCUUAGAGAGGCCUGCCAUACCUGUUCUUCAGAACGUUCGAAAAGCCCAAGGCAUAAUAGAGAGGGUUAAUGCUGUACUGGAAGCCUACACUACACCGGAUAAAUCAUUAGAAUACGUUCACUUGGCUCUCUACUGUGCAGCUGUAACGGUUGUGCAGCACAAUGGGCAGUCGACUUAUUAUCCCCGAGCAAUAUCCUACAAUAGGCUUGACCAGAUACCAGCCUGGAGAAGAAGGCUUGAGAAGACCAUCGAUAAACUACGAGGCAGGGCCGAUCUAAUUGCUGAGUUUUUAAAAGAUAAACCCUCCAAAAAAGUCCACCAAAAAGUCAGGACAAUUGCAGAAGGAGCCAAAAUAUAUGAAAACCAACCCAACUAUCUACAAAAGCUUAUAGAACUACAAGAUACAUACCGCCAAAAGUAUAAAGCUAAAGGAGCAAGGCUAUCAAGAUUCAAUGCAACAGAUAAAAGAAAGAAACAGAAUAACGAGUUCCUAAAAAGCCAGAAACAAUUUUUUAGAAAGCUAGAGAAUGAGUCUGCAGUACAACAAGAUACUGCUGAGGUGGACGUCAAAGCUUUUGGCAAUUACUGGUCAGGAGUAUGGGCCGAGUCGGAGAGAUUUAACCAUGAUGCUGAUUGGAUAAGUACCAUCGAAGACAAAGUUCUAAAUGUGCCUAGAAUGGUAGUCAAUACAUUUUCGAAGGAAGACAUCACUGCAGCCAUUAAGAAAACCCAAAAUUGGAAGACGCCGGGACCGGACAGGAUACAGAACUUCUGGCUCAAACGAUUCCCAGCUAUUCACGGUGCUUUGGCCCGAUGUUUCACGCAGGCGCUUGAUGAUCCACACAUUUUCCCAGAAUUCCUGUCCAAUGGAAACACCGUUUUGUUAUUCAAGAAGGGCGAUCCUUAA